AAGGAAAGCAGCACUGGUUCCUGCACAGACGUUUUGAGACUGCAAACAUGCUCAGGUUUUUGGUGUUGACAAGUCUUGCAGCCUUGGUGCUGGCCGAGCCCAAGUAUCUGAUGAACAUUGAUCAAAGGGUUGUAGGAGGUGAGGUGGCUGCACCCAACUCCUGGCCCUGGCAGAUCUCUCUUCAGUACCUAUCUGGCGGCUCCUACUACCACACAUGUGGAGGAACUCUGAUCCAGAGAGGCUGGGUUAUGACUGCUGCUCACUGUGUGGACAGCCCCCGGACCUUCCGUGUCAUUCUUGGUGAACAUGACCUCAACAGCAACAGUGGCAGAGAGCAGAUCAUAGCUGUCAGUGCCAUUUAUGUCCACCCCCAAUGGGAUGCUAACAAACUGUCUCAGGGGAAUGAUAUCGCUCUGCUGAAACUGGCCUCAGACGCCACCCUGAACAAUUAUGUCCAGCUGGGCUCUCUGCCUCCCUCUGGCCAGAUUCUGCCCAACAACAACCCCUGCUACAUCACAGGAUGGGGGCGCACUGCCACCGGUGGUAGCCUGUCUCCUGUGCUUAAGCAGGCCUACCUUCCUGUGGUGGACUAUCAGACCUGCUCCAGCCCUAGCUGGUGGGGCAGCACUGUGAAUAACAACAUGGUGUGCGGUGGUGAUGGAAAAGAGGCUGGAUGCAAUGGUGACUCUGGUGGCCCUCUUAACUGCUUGAAUGGUGGAAAAUACUACGUGCACGGUAUUGCCAGCUUCGUGUCUGGUCUGGGAUGCGAUACUUAUCAGAAGCCUACUGUCUUCACCCGUGUCUCCGCUUUCAUUAACUGGAUAAACACUAUCGUCUAGUAAGCACAAGAAUCGUUGACGCUGCAGAGACCGCAUUCCAUCAUAUUUUCAUCUGUACAGACUCACUUGUCUGGUGCAAUUCUGCAAAAAUAAAUGUAAUUAACUUUG